AUGCGAAAAUCAAUGAAAGCCUUUACCCAUCUUUUUGUCUUCUACUCUUUCUUAUUCUCCCUCUUAAGACCCUCCAUUACACAAGACACUAUUACUCCAAGUGAAUCCAUCAGAGACGGUGGCACUUUAGUUUCAGCUGGCCGAUCAUUUCAAUUGGGAUUCUUCAGCCCAGGUAAUUCCAAUACUCGAUAUCUGGGAAUAUGGUUCACAAUAUCUUCGGGGACAAUUGUAUGGGUAGCCAACAGAGACGCUCCGCUUAGCGAUCACUCGGGAGUUUUAAAGGUUACUCGUGAUGGAGUUCUUGCGCUUCUUAAUAGCACCAAUGGUACUGUUUGGUCAUCUAACACAUCAAGAACACCAGAAAAUCCAGUUGCACAACUCUUGGACACUGGAAAUCUUGUUGUGAAAGAUAGAAAUGAUGAUGACCCAGGGAAGUUUCUGUGGCAGAGUUUUGAUUAUCCUUGUGACACAUUCCUUCCGGAAAUGAAGCUUGGAUGGAACUUAGUAACCGGUCAAGAAAGGUAUAUUUCAUCCUGGAAGAGCACGGAAGAUCCUGCUCCAGGUGCGUUUUCAUUACGAAUAGAUCUUCGUGGGUAUCCACAGAUGGUUGCUAUGGAGGGAUCUCAAAUAAAGGCUAGAGCAGGGUCAUGGAAUGGCAUUCGUUACACGGGAUAUCCAGCAAUAAGACCGAAGCCUGGAUUACGAUCAAAUCCACUAUUUGAGUAUGAAUUUGUGUUGAAUGAGAAGGAGGUCUAUUACGAGUACAAAAUCCUAAAGAGUUCCGUUUUCUCAAAAUAUGUGGUAAACCCAUCAGGCGUUGUGCAGCGAUUCACAUGGAUGGAUCGGACACAGAGUUGGGAGCUUUUCUCUACAUUCCAGGCAGAUCGGUGCGAAAAUUAUGCCUUAUGUGGCGCAUAUGCUACCUGCAAUAUCAAUAACUCUCCUGUAUGUGCAUGCUUGGAAGGAUUCUUACCAAAGUCUCCAAAAGAUUGGGAUUCGGUAGAUUGGUCUGAUGGGUGUGUUCGUAGGAUUCCUUUGGAAUGCAAUGGCGGAGAUGGAUUCCUGAAGCAUACGGGGGUGAAACUUCCGGACACAUCUUCUUCCUGGAAUAACAAGAGCAUGAGCCUCAAGGAAUGCGAAGGAAUGUGUUUGAAAAACUGCUCCUGCACAGCAUAUGCAGGUUUAGAUAUCAGGAGGGGAGGGAGCGGCUGCCUGCUUUGGUUUGGUAGCCUAAUUGAUAUAAGAGAAUUCGCUGAGGGUGGGCAAGACCUCUAUAUAAGGAUGGCCGCUACUGAACUGGAUCAUCUUAAGAAAAAGAUGCACUCCAACAAGAAGAAACAAGUGGCAAUUAUAGUCAGCUCAUCAUUUUUAGUCGUGGGAACGACAAUAAUUGCAGUGGUCUCAUACAUAUGCAAGAAGAAACUCAGAAACAAAGGAAUGACAAAAGGAUAUCAGAGGAAGGAUUGUGACAAUGAAGGUGGGAAGGAAGAUAUGGAGUUGCCGAUAUUUGAUCUGGCUGCCGUAGCUAAUGCAACAAAUAAUUUUUCAAGCAACACCAAGCUGGGAGAAGGUGGCUUUGGACCUGUGUACAAGGGUAUAUUGCCAACAGGGAGAGAAAUAGCUGUGAAGAGGCUUUCUAAAAAUUCUAGACAAGGACUCAAUGAGUUCAAAAAUGAAGUUAUUUUAAUUGCCAAACUUCAACAUCGUAAUCUUGUGAAGCUUCUUGGUUGUUGCAUUCAAGAAAAUGAAAAUAUGUUAAUCUAUGAAUACAUGCCAAACAAAAGCUUGGACUCCUUUAUUUUCGAUCAAGCAAAGAGUAAAGUACUAGAUUGGCAUAAACGUAUCAACAUUAUUCGUGGUGUUGCUAAAGGGCUGCUCUAUCUUCAUGAAGACUCCAGAUUGAGAAUUAUCCACAGAGAUCUAAAAGCUAGUAAUAUCCUUUUAGAUAACAAUAUGAAUCCAAAAAUUUCGGACUUUGGCUUGGCUAAAUCAUUUAGGGGAGAUCAAGUUGACUCUAAGACCAAUAGAAUUAUUGGAACAUAUGGUUAUAUGUCUCCAGAGUAUAUGGUGCAUGGACGCUACUCGGUAAAAUCUGAUGUGUUUAGCUUUGGAGUUUUAGUAUUAGAGAUAUUAAGUGGAAAGAAGAACAAAGGAUUUUGUCAUCCAGACCACCACCUUAAUCUUAUUGGACAUGCAUGGAAACUAUGGAUUGAAGACAGACCAAUGGAACUUAUCGAUGAAUUGGUAGAUAACUUGUGCACUCUAUCAAGUGUAUUACGACACAUUCAUGUGGGUUUGUUAUGUGUGCAGCGAAGACCAGAAGAUAGGCCAAUCAUGUCGUCUGUUGUUCAAAUGUUGAGUAGUGAAAAUUUACUACCUAAGCCGAAACAACCAGGUUUCUUUUUAGAUUCACUUGAAGCAGAUUCUUCAUCUAGCAAGCAUGAAACUUGUUCAGCUAACACAAUCACCGAUACAGAGUUUGAAGCACGAGAACAGAAAAAAACAAGUCAUCGGAAGGAUUAUGACAAUGAAGGUGGGAAGGAAGGUAUGGAGUUACCAAUAUUUGAUCUGGCUACCAUAGCUAAUGCAACGGAUAAUUUUUCAAACAACAAGAAGCUAGGAGAAGGUGGCUUUGGACCUGUGUACAAGGGUAAAUUCCCAGACGGAAGAGAUAUAGCUGUGAAGAGGCUCUCAAAGAAUUCUAAACAAGGACUGAAUGAGUUGAAAAAUGAAGUUAUUUUGAUUGCAAAACUUCAACAUCGUAAUCUUGUGAAGCUUCUUGGUUGUUGCAUUCAAGAGAAUGAGAACAUGUUAACCUAUGAAUAUAUGCCCAACAAGAGCUUGGACUUCUUUAUUUUUGUAUGCUUAAACUUCUUUUAUAGGUUAAGUUCAGCUAUUUUGAACUUAUUUUUCUUUACGAUGAUAUUUGGCAGUGGUUAUAUGUCUCCCGAGUAUGCGGAGCAUUGACAGUACUCAAUAAAAUCUGAUGUAUUUAGCUUUGGAGUUUUAGUAUUAGAGAUACUGAGUGGGAAGAAGAAUAGGGGAUUUUAUCACCCAGACCACCACCUGAAUCUUCUUGGACAUGCAUGGAAACUAUUGAUUGAAGAUCGGCCAAUGGAACUGAUAGAUGGAUUGGUAGGUAACUCUUGCGCUCUAUCUAGUGUAUUAUGACACAUUCAUGUGGGUCUGUUAUGUGUGCAACAAAGACCGGAAGAUAGACCAAACAUGUCAUCUGUUGUUCAAAUGUUGACCAGUGAGAGUUUAUUGCCUAAGCCGAAACAGCCGGGGUUCUUUACGGAUUCACCUACAGCAGAUUCUUCAUCUAGCAAGCAUGUAACUUGUUCAGCUAAUGAAAUCACCAAUACAUUGUUUGAAGCAAGAUAAAGUACGUCACUUGAUAGCAAAAGCAGAGAGUUGUUUUUAUAGGAAUUUAUGUAAUCUUGAUUCCAGCAUAUUUAGCUAAACUAAAAAGGUCUGGAAGCUGCUACUCUUUAGGACAGAAGGGUCAAAAAGAUAAAGAGCUUUGGCUUAGUGCCAGGCCGAUCCUACUAUAUUCAUGUUGUUUAUUCAUAUAGUGAAUCGGUCUUUACACAUGGGACUAGUAUCAUGUAUUUCAAAUAAUAUCAUGUG